AUGAGAAAUCUAUACAAUGAUUUUUUUCUACUGUUGAUCGUGAAUAUAAACAAAAUAAAUAUAUACCUAUUUAUAGGCUUAUGGCGAAUAGAUUAUUUAAGUAUUUGUUCUAACCCUCAGGCUACUAUUUUUUUUUUAUCGUUAUCAUGUUUUUUAGGUCUAGCUACUAAUACAUUAACUGUGAACUUUUUUCUUCACAUAGAAAUGAGGAAAAGUUCAAGAUUUUAUCAAAGCUAUUUCCCAGAAAUGCAUCGAUACGCAAACUCGACUUUUCAUGAGGGAACACAUCGACAAUCUCCUGGUGACUCAACACCUUGGCGAGAUACUUCUUCUCCGAUUAACAGGCUUCGUGCAUGGUGGCUAGCGCCUAUGGCUAAAGCUAGCGUUAUUGCUGCUUGGUGUAUUACACUCGCUUUUGGAACUUAUUGUUUUAGUAUACAAGAAGAUGCAAAAGGAACCUAUUUACUCAAUAAUGUACUUUUGCGCAGCUUACAUGAUGAAAUUCAACGAGCGGAUGCUAAUCAACAAAGAACCCUUGAACUUGAGGAAACUAUAAAACAAUACCUUGAAGAAAAACAUGAUAAAAAAAAAUCAUCACAGUCAAAUCAAUCCAAGGCGUCUAGUGAGGAAGUGGCUAAAGGGUUGAUCAAUUACGAACUUCAGCUUUCGAGAGAGAAAUAUCGAGGUGAUCGGAUCCACGAGCGUAAUCAGCAUUUAGUUGAGGAGAUCUCAAAAUUGCGUCAGGAGAUCUCGAAGUCCAAUGAGGAGAAUAAAUUAUUACUUCAGGAGAUUGGUAGGUUGAAGAAGUUUAUUGAAAGAGUAAACCAGUAAGAAGAAAGGACUGACGUGUUAGUUUUUUUCGACUUUGUGUUUGCUUUUGGUUACAUUAGCUUUUCGACCUCGCAUCGCUGUUGUUCGAGCAGCACUUUGUUAGGAACAUAGCA